UCUCAUUUCCAGAGGCAACUACUCUGAUGCCCUUAAGGAUCUGGGACAUACUCAUUCAUGCUGGGUACUUCAUUAGUGCAAAUGUUGGGAGCUAAGAUGUUGCAGAUGUUGCUAUGAAAUUGGUGAUGUUGCAUGAGACCCAUUCCAGUAAGCUCAAACUUGGCCUAUGUUGCCUGUGCUUCGGAGGGAAUUCCUGACCUGAAUCAAAAGGUGCCAUACUCCAAACCUUAUCCCCUCGUACCUUGAUUGCUCAUAGGGCACCCAGAAUGGGGCAAGAAGUACACAGGGUUUCUGGGGUUUGCUAUAGUGUUUGGCAAAUUUAUUAACCACUGUCCUGGAAUAGAUUGAGUGAUCAAGAUGAGGAAGGCUCAGUUACAGGAUGAGGGGGAGCUGGAGAAGAUCAAGAAGAAGAGGCACUUGGAUUUCUUGGAUAUCCGCCUGUUUGCCAAACUGGAGAACGGGAGCAGCUUGUCUGAUGAAGACCUGUGUGCUGAGGUGGACACUUUUAUGUUUGAGGGACAUGACACCACAGCCAGUGGCUUCUCCUGGAUCUUGUAUGCUCUGGCUACAAACCCACAGCAUCAGCAGAGGUGCAGGGAAGAGGUAGAGAGCCUCCUUGGAGAUGGAGCCUCCAUCACUUGGAACCACUUGGACCAGAUGCCCUAUACUACUAUGUGCAUUAAGGAAGCCCUGAGACUCUAUCCACCAGUACCAGCUGUGGGCAGAACGCUGAGCAAACCUGUCACCUUCCCUGAUGGACGUUCCCUACCCAAAGGUGUCAUGCUCUUUCUCAGCUUUUAUGCCCUUCACCAUAACCCGAAGGUGUGGCCAAACCCAGAGGUGUUUGAUCCUUUGCGGUUUGCACCUGGUUCUACCAGACACAGCCACUCCUUCCUGCCCUUCUCCGGAGGAUCAAGGAACUGUAUUGGGAAGCAAUUUGUCAUGAAUGAGUUGAAGGUGGCUGUGGCCCUGACCCUGCUCCACUUUGAGCUGCUGCCAGAUCCCACCAGGACUCCAGUCCCCAUCACAAGAAUUAUACUGAAGUCUAUCAGUGGGAUCCACCUGUAUCUCCAGAAGCUGCAGCAAUCCUAGCAAGGACAGGCGCUGGGGACCUCCUGCUCACUGUUUCGUUUUCCUGUCACCUGCUUCUGUCCUUGGCUGUCUACCCACAUUCCCUUCUUUGCAUCUACCUGAUAUGGUAUCUCUGUCCCCCUACUUGUCCUCUUAUUUUCUCUCUUACCUUCCUCCAGGAUCCCACCUCCUUAUCUACCAAUUUUUCUUCUUAAUUGUCUUUAUUUUAGAAUGUCCUCUUAAUCUCUGAUCACUUAUCUACCCUCUAGCCUGCCUGCCCUGACCUGUCUUCUCUUUGCACUAUUUGCCUGUGUCUAUAUGAUCUUCCUGUUUUGCUAAAAUGAACUACCACCACUUUGAUGGCUUUAAACCAUACACACUUAAAACUCACAAUUCUGGAGAUUGAAUAUGGAUAAUUGUUUUCCUCUUCUUCCUUAUUUCUAUUGCUGGAGGUUUGUUUCAAGUACUCACAGUGACUGGAUUUGUUAUACCUAGAAUAUCAAGGAUCAUCUCUUGUACUUGAAGUCAACUAAUCAUAGAUAGUAUCUACAGCUACA